UCCCGUCCUGUCUCACCUCCCCUCCGCUCUGCAGACUCCGCCGCGCUCCGGGAGCAGCGCGCAUCCGACAGGCUCCCCUUGCGACGGUGCGGACGCGGCCCCGCCGACGCCUCAACCGCGAGCAGCACGUCGGAAGGCGACAGCUUUCCCUCGCGACCCGGGGCCACGAGUCGAAUCUGGAGUCGGAGAGGGCGGAGAUCGGACGCAACGCGAAGCAAACCAGCGGCAAAGUGAGACCUGUCCUCCUGCGCCCUUUCCCCUUCCUCCAAAACCGCCCCGUCGAGGCGAAAAACCCUGCACCUUUUCUUCCUUUGCAGCGCCGUCCAUUCCGCUUACCUCCCUCGAGUUUCCACAUCCUCAUCACCCUGUCCUAGGACACCUUCUGCUUCCUCCUCCCGUUCUUAGCUCCCUUCUGUGUCCAUUGCCCACAACUGCUCUUGGUUCACAGACCUCCCUUCUGAGCCAAGCCUGCAAAGCUCUCCUGGUGCCUCUGCCGUCCACCAAUGCUGCCUCCUUUCCUAAGCCUUCCCUUGGGAACUCAUAGAUCCCUCCUGCAUAGACAUCUCCCCUGCUCCUUUCCCUGAUUUAGUCCUGGCCUUCUGUAGUUCCUCUCCCUGGUUCCUCCUCCUCUACCCCAGCUGCAGCUUUGUCAUGAACCUCAUGGAAGGAGAAAUAGACGGCCUGGCCAACACCACAGCUGGCACCACCCCGCUCAACAUUGAGCUCCUGUGCCCCGUGAACACGGAUUUCACUCAGUGGUUCCUGCCAACGAUUUACCUGGUGGUCUCUCUGCUAGGGGUUGUGGGCAACGGGCUGGGCUUGUGGAACCUGUGCGCCAGCUCUCGAAAGGGCAGCUGGAGCGCCCUCAGCGUCCUGGUGUGCAACUUAGGGGUGGCAGACUUGCUGUACGUGGUCACACUCCCUUUCCUGGUCUCCUACUACCUCCUGGGUCGCGUGUGGCUCUUUGGCCAAGGCUGGUGCCGGGUGACACGUCUGCUGUUCCACCUGAACCUUUACGCCAGCAUCGGCUUCCUGACCUGCAUCAGUGUGCAUCGCUACCUGGGCAUCGUGUACCCUCUGAGGAUGCUGGGCAGGUGCCAGACCCUUGGGCCUACCGUCUCGCUCAGCGUCGUGGUCUGGGCCUGGGUCUUCAUCCAGCUCUCUCCUGACUUCAUCUUCAGCAAGACGGACCGUGUGGGCGUCAAGUGCCAUGACACGACGGAGCACGAGAACCUGGGGACCUACCUGCCGUACAUCCUGACCAUCACGGUGACCGGCUUCGUCAUCCCUUUCCUCAUCAUCACGGGAUGCUACUGCCACGUGGUCCUGGUCCUGCAGAGGAACCGGAAUGUGGACCCCAUCCUCAAGCGCAGGAGCAUCAAACUGGUGGUGCUGGUGACGGUACUCUUCUCCGUCUGCUUCCUGCCCUACCACAUCUUCAGGAACCUCAACUUGCUGUCGCGGAGGUGGCAGCUCCAGGGGUCCUGCACUCAGACCUUGAGGAACAUCUACAUCGCAUAUCAAGUGACACGAGGCUUGGCCAGCCUCAACAGUGCUGUGAAUCCUCUCUUGUACCUGAUGGCUAGCGAGGACCUGGUGACCCGGUCAAGGGCUUUUGGCCGAAGGAUGAGAAAGGCACUGGGGUAUCUUUGGCAAAGUCAAAACCAGCAGCGCUUGGACCAAAAUAAGCAAAGCAUUAUGCUCAAUGAAGAAUGUGAGGAGGUGUCUAAUUAUCUCUGAAUUGACUUUAAAAAGAAGAAGAAAAGCAUACCCUAAAUGCUUAUGUGGGCUUCUUUGCAAUAUCCAUUUCUCUCUAGGCAGAGACUAGUUUUUAAAAGAACUGAACGUGAUAUGUCACGGAAGCACCAUUGCAUGUGAUUUAAGCACAUAUUUCAUUUAUGCCCUUGUUUUCUCUAGUGAAACAGAUCUAGAAAACCUUGCAAGUGCUUCUUGGAAAGGCUAUGUUCAGAGGCAAUAGUGGGAUGAAUGUGGUGUUUGUCCUUUACUGGAAAGGAAGGGCUUAUCAGAAACUGUCCGAUGCACAGCCAAGAUUUAUAGCACUGCACCUUGAGCAUUCUGCACCUGUACAGUUAUUCAUUUACUCAAUUUGAUAGUCCUGCACCUGUUUACUCAGUAUAUGUCUAAUUGCCACGACUGUGCAUUUGAAGACAAUAGGAUUUAAACAAUCUGACUUAACACGAAGGAUUUCAAGCCUUAUAUAUAUCCAUAUGUGUGGUACCAUUUGGUGGGAAGCAUAAGCAGGAAAUUUAUCCAGAUGCCUGUAUUAGAUGCACUUUUCAAUUAUCUGUGAAAAUUUCCAUUUCUCUUUACUGGAGAAAGCAUGCCAAUGCUAUUGCAGUCACUGUAGAUCCAGGAUUUUCAACAAUUCAUUGACACUUUCCCCCUCCCAUUUUUGACCACAAAUGAUUAAUACAAACAUUUGGGAAGAAAUGGGCUAUGCAAAAUGUUUGAGGGCUAGAAACUUGUGGUUUUGUUUCUGGAGGGGCUGUGUUACAGUGUUGACAUUGAAUCAGACAACAUUCUCUAAAGCAUAUCCUGAAGUGACUACACCAGUUAGUCUGCAACCUUAUGCACUCUUUCCUAGGAAGUUCAUCUGAGCUCAGUAAGACAUGUAUGGCUUACAAUAUCAGCGCUUAAUGCGUGCAAAUGACCUUACGGCACAUUAUGAUGAUUACAAAUAUAGCUGUACUGGAGUUAUUUACUCAUUUGUACCAAUUCCUUUGGUGUCUAUUUCAAGAUUUUGAAAUGAGGAAUUAAAUAUUUUUUUGAAAUGGUUCUGAGCAUAUUGAAGAGGUUGCAUUUGCUUGAUUUUAAGGUAGCUUGUGGUUGUUUGAAAGAUUGGCUGUCGGUCAUGUAGAAGGGAUUGAACCAGGAGCCUCUCCAACAAAAGUCAAUGAGCUCUUGAGCUAAGUCACCCCAUCUAA